CCCAAGAAGACGGAUUGUUUUGUGUAUCUAUGGAUGGGCAACGUGUCUGUUCCCGACUUGUUGACUUUGCUUAAGCUGUUCCCUCCACUUGGAACGUCUUCCUUGCCCUUGUUUCCGUGAAUGGAAAGCUGUUCUCCAAGGCUCUGCUCAAAUACUACCUCUCCGAGGAAGCGCUCCCUGAUCGCCUAGCCGGAAGUCAUCCCUCCCGCAUCUGAACUCGCAGCGCGUGUUAGUAAAGGACGUUCGUGUCACUUCUCACUUCUCACCCAGUAGUAUAUAUUGCCGGCCUGGUGGCCCUGGGUAAACUAUGAGCCCCCGAAGGAAAGGUCUCCGUUGUAUUUGCCCUUGUAGCCCUUGCAGCUGCCGCGCGAAGCAGGUAUGUGAGAGACAGGAGGAUGGAGUUGUUAGUAAACUUGGUUGUCUGACCGCUCUUGGUUCCAAUCCUGACGUAGUCAGUGGCCUUGGGCGUUUCUAAGCCUCAGUGUCUUUGCCUACAAAGAGGAGGUAGUAAUACUUAUUCAGAGGUUGUUGCCAGGGAUAAAAGACAAAACAUGCCAGGAGUUUAGUGCAGGGCCCCACACAUAUUAAGUGCUCGGUACACCUCAACUACCACUAUUCUGCAUCAGAGAUCAAGCAGUGUUUGUUGACUGCAUUGGUGAUGGCGUGGCUGGAUUGCUGCACACACUGGGUGGCUUCUUACGAUCUUGAGAGCAGUAUCUGUGACCCAGCCAUGGAGGCCUUCUUUUCUGCAUAUUCAAACCGGGAACUUGGAUCUAGGCCCUUACCCUCGGAGGCGGCUUUCUAAUUUCUCCAACCCAUACGCCUUCUGGCGCCCUCGUGUGGCCCUGGUUGUUUUCUGGGCGAAUCUGUGGGGUCCCCUGAAGGUCUGGAAACUCCGCGCCGGUGGGGAUCAUCUUCUGCACAAUAGGCGCUCGCCAGCCACCACGCCUCGCCCAGUGAGGAGCAGCGGGAGCUACUGUGAGGCCCACAGAAAGACCUGGCUCAGCACUGGCCUUGGAAAAAACAGAGACUGGUUCCAGCCCAACCGAGGCGCCCCAUAUCCGGCCCUGGCCGCCCCAAGCAUUUUUUUUUUUUUUCUCCGCCAAGAUGGUGGGAGACCGGUCUCAGCUGGAAGGGACGGGUGGAAGGUGCAGGGACUGUGGACAACGCCCCCGGGCGCGGCACACACGGCUAGAGUUGGGGCGAGCCGUGGAGAGCUGUCCUGCGGGUCCAGCUGCGUUGGGAGUUGUGGGUGCCCAAGGCCAAGAAGAGAAAGGCGGGAGGGGAGAGAGGCGGGGCUGUUCGGCAGCCAGCGGAAAUGGUGCGGGGAGUCAGCCCCUGGGGCCGCCCGGAGAGCUGGGAUGCGGCGCGGGCCACGUGCACCCGGGAGUACUUAGGGUGGCGGCGGCCCGCGGGUCGUGGGGGAGACCCUCUGUGGGAAGAGCCUUGCCGGUGCCUCUCUUCUCAGAAUUGAGACUAUUGACGUCCCAGGCGGGGCCGGCUUCUCCAAACCAGGCCAGGGGCUGCAGGGAGAAGAAUGCACCUGGUAUUGCUGCGGAUCGCAACCGCUCGGGCGCAAAGAUCAAGAGAGAGAGGUGGGGAUCCCGGGAGAGAUGUCCUUUCAACCCCGUGUCUCUGCUAAAUGCCUUUUGGAUCCAAGCAGUGGAGCCCAUUGGAUGACUGGACUAACUCAGAGACUAUUACUGAGGCUUAUUAGGCUGGCAAAAAGAAUUCUAGCCAAAUCUUCCAGGUUAGAAGAGAAAUGACAGCUGCCCCUGAAGGGAUUCCCAGGAUGGAGCACAGCAACCAUCCUACAAAGGGUUAAUACUCCCCCUCCCCUGGCCCCCAACUUGCUGCCAGAGAUCAGCUAAUCUGAUAAUUACAGCAACAAACACAGUUUAGACAAACAAGACCUGACCCUGAGGGUUUGGAAUGAAAACAUUUACUCUCUCCCUCCCCAGAGAGACGGUGCCUGGAGCAUACACACAGAGACACUGGGAAAAUACCCCUGUGCUGGAGCGAGGGGUGAAAACAUCUGUGUUCCUGAGCUGCUUGGGAAGAUAGCGUUAAUGGGGAGGGGGUUCAGUGGGGGAGGCGGAGGAGUGGGCAGUGGUGCAGUGGGAGGGUGUGCAGGCUGGGAGCAGAUGGAACAUGUACCCAUAACUGGAGCUAUAAGCCAAUUGUAAUUGAUUUUUACAGCAGAGGCAGAGUGCAGGGAGAGGUACAUAGGAGACUCAGCGAUUCAGAAUUCUAGUGAAAAACCUGGAAAAUGGCUAAGUGGGGAGAAACGUCCUACGACACCAAAGUGGGGUCUAUUUUUUUAUUAAAAAAUGUUUUUAAUGUUUAUUUAUUUUUGAGAGAGAGAGAGGGAGAGAGCACGCAUGAGAGAGCGGGGGAGACACAGAAUCCAAAGCAGGGUCCAGGCUCUGAGCUGUCAGCACAGAGCCUGACUUGGGGUUCAAACCCAUGAACCAUGAGAUCAUGACCCCAGCUGAAAUUGAGCUUUAACCCACUGAGCCACCCAGGCACCUGAGGAUCUAUUCCUGAGAGCUAGAGGCGAAGAAUAUUCAAAACAGCCCGAUUCUAAGUCGAGUUGAUAUCUGCCCACCAGGGAGUGAGGGGCUCAUCCUUUUCUCACCCCCAAAAUUUGGCUUCAAAUUCUGCCGGCCUCAAAACAUGUCAAACUAUUUCCUCCCCUUUUACUUCUAAAUGCUGGUUCCUAGAAGAAACCUUUCUGGGUUGCUUAAACGGGAGGGGCUGAUGUGCCUUCAGUCUGGAAUUCCAGCAGUUACUCCUUCCCAACUCUACCCUCAUCAUUUCUUUCUUACACUUGGCUGAUGGUGUGUCAGCCCGUAAACGCUUCCUGGCCACUUUGACCUCUCCAAAUUAUGGUGAGGCAUCCAAAUCCUUGGGGGAUUGCAGAUCACUGUAUGGAUUACACCCAGCUAAGAGGAAUAACUGUGAUUGAUGAUAGGAUCAAGGUUUAAAGUGAAUUCCAUAAGGUGAAAGAUGGUCUAAAAUCAAUAAGAUAGGAUGUGCCAAGAAUGUGACGCACUGCAUUUAGGUCCAAUAAUCAACUGUACAAGUAUGAGAUGGAAAGACCUAGAAAACAAUAGUUUAUGUAAAACAACAACAACAACAACAAAGCAAAACGUUUUGGCCAAUAACUGGUUCAAUAUGAGAUGAG